AUAAACUUGCGUCUCUCCCUCACCCUCUCUCCUCCCCCCUCUCUCUAUGAACGACGGAAUCUGAAACUGCACCGGCGGUUGGUUCGUCAUCGUCAGCUUAUCUGCGGGAGUGGUUCAUCGUCGCCGGCGGCCUCUUGAGCACAAAAGAAGUCUAACCAGACAGUGUCCAUGUCCGGAUAGGCGGGUUGAGAGAGAGAGAGAGAGAGAGAGAGAGAGAAUGGUGGCUUCUUCUUCCACAGCGCGGCUGAUGAAGUGUCUAUCUCUUCCACUUCUUCCACCGUCACCAUCACCCACUGCUACAAUCCCUCUUCACGAAAUGGCUUCAACUCACCGCAGAGGUAUUGCAAAGGUUGUCCUAAAAAAGGGGAAGACCCAACUCUUCAAGAAUGGAAGUCCAAUGGUGUACAGUGGGGCGGUUGAUAGGAUAAUUGGCAGACCACCUCCCAAGACUGGGGAUAUUGUGCUGGUAGCUGAUGGGAUGGAGAAGCCAAUCGGUUGGGGUUUGUAUAAUUCUGUUUCUAUGUUCUGUGUUCGCCUCAUGCAGCUAGAAGAGGAAGCAUCAAGAGAUCCUUCCUGUGCGUUGAACAUGGAGAAACUUCUUGAAGCAAGAAUUCAUGCAGCUACUGAGUUGCGUAGGAACUUGGGGCUACCCUCUGCUAGUACAAAUGCGUAUCGUCUUGUUAACAGUGAAGGAGAUAGGUUGUCAGGUCUUAUUGUUGACAUCUUUGGAGAUUUCGCUGUAAUAGCAUCAUCUGCAGCUUGGGUGGAGAAGUACAAGUCAAAGAUAAAAGCGUGUGUCAGUAGAUUAGAUGGAAUCAAUUAUAUAAGCUGGAGAUCAUCUAUUGAGAUCCUAAAAGAAGAAGGAAUGGAUUUAUCAAACUCUAUGGAAAUAUAUCCGCCUAUUGCUCUUGAAAGGGUAAAGGUUGUGGAAAAUGGAAUUUCUUAUUUAAUCUCUUUGGAGGGCCAGAAGACAGGAUUUUAUGCUGAUCAGCGUGUAAACCGUCAGUUCAUAUCCAAAAUUUCAGAUGGCCAGAGAGUUCUUGAUAUGUAUUGCUACAGUGGUGGUUUUGCUUUGAAUGCAGCACGAGGUGGUGCUAGAAAUGUCAUCGGUGUUGAUUCCUCAUUGCCUGCUCUGGAGUUGGCCAGGGAAAAUAUUGUUCUGAACAACUUGGAUCCAGGGAAACUAUCAUUUUUAAAAUGUGAUGCUGCUGAUUUUAUGAAGGAUGCUCUGUCUAGGAAUGAAACAUGGGACAUCAUUAUCAUGGAUCCCCCUAAACUAGCACCUCGAAGAAAGGUUCUACAAAGUGCAUCUAGUUUGUACAGAAAUUUAAACGCUUUGGCAAUGCAAUUAACAAGAAGGGGUGGUCUACUUAUGACUUGCUCAUGUUCUGGAGCUAUGACCCAAAGUGGAAUGUUCUUGCACACUCUUCAGCCAGGCUGCGGCAUCAGCUGCCAGGAGGAAGGUCACAAUUAUACGUCAGGCAGGAGCAGCUUGUGAUCAUCCUAUUGAUCCAUCAUAUCCAGAAGGAGCUUACCUCUCCAAUGUCUUGCUUAGAGUGCUAUGAAACUUGAAUCACCUAGACCAUCUAACCAAGCAGCCCCAUGGGCCUCAACUUGCACUUUGGCCAUUGAUGUGGUGAUUUACUUGACGCAAAAGAAUCUGGGAGCAAAGAAAGAUGCUGAGAGGCCUAUACUGCAAGAUAAUGGGUCAUGUAUUGCUUAGGCCUUCUUAAAUGUAGUCAUUGUUUCAUAUGCAAUUGUAAGCAUCUAAUAGAUUAUUAAAAGCUAGGAAGAAACACUAACCAUUUGAAGCAACAUGAUAGAUGGGUAUUAAACAGGUGAUCAGUUUAGCAUGGGAAAAUGGUUUCAUAAGAGGUUAGGCUUGCUUUUUAUGAUGCCAGUGAUGGUGAACACUAGCCUUCUUAGUUUAUUGAAGGCAUCUUAUAUAGCCCUCUUAACGAAUAUCUACAGCAACUGAAUGUCUAAUGUAUUCCAUUUGGACACUACUAUAUUGGCUGACUUAGUGUGCUGGCUGGGUCAGCUUAGUCCGAAAACCCACUUUCACCCCUGUUAAAAAGUGGCAUCUUCUAAUGUAAGCAAAGGUAUGAGUGGGUGAUCAUCCACUCCAACCCAAUUGGCACAUGGGGUUGGCCCCUAUUUAAUAUUAAUUUUAAUAUUAUGUAUUUUUCAUGAUAUUACUAAACA